AAAAACACGUCUCUUAAGCGCCGCCCUUGAACAGUACUCGAAAUCACGAUACAAUUCCACUCACAUCACACAUGGAUAUCAUCGAAAUCACGCUCAACUCAACAUGAAUCAACAAGAUGGACCCAUCACCUCCAUCGCCGAGCCCGGCAUCAAGGCCACCUUUGAGAUGCGCAAAGAGCUGCGAAGCAAAGUCUCGGCCUUGUUGGAGAGAAACUCGAUGAGCUUUCCGGGCGCGCAACCUGUGAGCUUUGCCAGACAGCAUCUAGACGAACUCACCAGACAAGAUUACUACGUCUGCGAAAAGUCGGACGGCAUCCGAUAUCUCCUCUACUCACACAUUGAUAACAACAAUCAAGAGGCGCACUAUCUGAUCGAUCGCAAGAACGACUACUGGUUCAUCCCCAACCGAAAUCUUCACUUCCCCCUCGAGAACGACCAAAGCGCAUUCCACACUUCUACACUGGUCGAUGGCGAGCUGGUCUGGGACAGUCUUCCUAGCGGAAAGAAGGAGCCCAGAUUCCUCGUCUUUGACUGCCUGGCCAUGGAUGGGAACAAGCUUAUGGAUCGAACCCUCGACAAACGGCUGGCCUACUUCAAAGAGCGACUAUACACGCCUUACAAAAGGUUGUUUCAGGACUUUCCCGAUGAGCUCCAGUUUCAGCCCUUCUACGUCGAGAUGAAGCCCUUCCAGCUGGCCUACGGAAUCGAGAUGAUGUUCAAGCAGGUCUUGCCCAGCCUCAAGCACGGAAACGAUGGCCUCAUCUUUACCUGCCGCAACACACCUUACAAGAACGGCACCGACCCUCACAUCCUCAAGUGGAAGCCCCCAGAGGAGAACACGGUCGACUUUCGUCUGCGUCUGACGUUUCCCCUGGUGGAGCCUGAUGAGGAGGAGCGCAGCGAGGGCAUCACCGAGCCGUUUAUCGACUACGACAGCGUCCCCAAGUCUGACCUAUGGGUCUACCUCGGCGACAGCGGAGAACGAUAUGAGCGCUUCGCCCCGGUGUACAUCACCGAAGAAGAGUGGGAAAUUCUCAAGAGCCUGGGUGACCCUCUGAACAACCGAGUCGUCGAGUGCAACCUCGAUGACCAAGGACGGUGGCGCAUCGUUCGCUUCCGUGAUGACAAGAGCGAAGCCAAUCACACAAGUACGGUUAAGAGCGUCUUGGAGAGCAUCAACGAUCGCGUCACGGAGCAAGACCUGUACAAGGCUGCAGGCCGGAUACGGGACAAUUGGAAGGCCCGCGCCGCUCGGGAAUCCCGAUGAGGCAUCAAAAACGACUCGAGAAGCGCAAGGCUCGCUGGUGACCUCAAUGAGAGCUUGCAUCAGGCCAAUCUGCAUUCCUCUAGAGUAUUGGAUUUUGGAGGUAGGGAACCGGGCACCUAAGAUGUUUGGUCGAGAGAGCAGAGUGAUAGGGAUGGCGUCCGCAAAUGUUGGUUUUCAAGGCUAGGGCGAGGCGUUGGACAAGGUAAUUGGGAUAGGGACUAGUAUUGUUUCAUCGAUUCCGCAUUGUGUUUCCAAUACAAAUCGAAUUUACAUUUCUC